AACAGUAUUUAUUUUUUAAUUUCAGUAAAAAUUUGUUUAUUGUAUAUAGACUGUUGGUGUCUUCAACAUGUGUGAUGUUUCCAGCACGGAAACAGACAUCGUAAAUGAUAAUAAUAAAGAGUGUGCAGCCGAAAAUGCGAUAAAAAAUGAUAAUCUAAGCAAGGAUAUAAAGAAUUUAGACAAUAAUAGUCCAUGCGAACGGAAACUAGAAACCAUAAAAAGUGAUGAGGGUCUCACGGAGGAAAGUAUAUUAUCACAAUAUGAUACUGAAUGUAAAAUAAAACCAGAAACAAAUAGUACUAAUAAACAGAAACUAAAAGACGUACCUAUAGAUAAAAUUGAUUCUGUGACUUCACAAUCCACUAAUAGUGAAUUCAGUGAAGAGCAUAUAACUUAUACAGAUGAUGGCAUAGCGAUUUAUACGUGUCCUAAAACAAAUUAUAAAUAUAAAUGGAGCGCAAAAGAAGAAAAAUGGGUUUCUUUGGAAGAACAACCGGAAAAUGAACAUUAUUCAUGGUGUACAGAUACGAAACAAUGGAAACCUAAAAAUCCGGAAACCGAGCACUACAAAUGGAAUGCAGAAACAAACAGCUGGGAACUCAAAACAACUAAAAACUCAACCGCAAAUACUGAUGUUAAUACAUAUGGAAAUGCAAGUUCUGAAUCUGUUACAUAUGGUGUUGAUGAAAAUGGCCAUCGCACCUAUACGGACAAAGAUGGCGCAGUUUUUUUCUGGGAUACAUCGAAAAAAGCAUGGUUUCCUAAAAUUGAUGACGACUUUAUGGCACGUUAUCAAAUGAAUUACGGUUUCAUUGAUAAUACUAGUGCAAGUGAGGAAGAAAGGCGUAAAAAAGAAGCAGAAGAAGUGAAAAGAAAAGAGGAUGAGUUAAAAAGAAUGGAAGAGGAAAUAAGAACAACUAUGGCAACUGAAGCGGAAGGCACAGCUGGUGACGGUGGUUUAAAACGGAAAGGAAAACAGGAUCCACCAAAAUGGUUUGACAUGGAUCCGGAGCACAAUACUAAAGUUUAUGUCUCUAAUUUGCCAUUAGAUAUUACUCUGGAAGAAUUCGCUGAAUUGAUGGGAAAAUGUGGUCUCAUCAUGCGUGACCCACAAACACAAAAAAGUAAACUAAAAUUGUACACUGAAGCCGAUGGUCAAAUUAAAGGAGACGGAUUAUGUGAUUAUAUUAAGAUUGAGUCCGUGAACUUGGCUUUAAAUAUACUGGAUGAGUAUAAUCUGCGUGGUAAUAAAAUACGUGUUCAGCGUGCUGAAUUUCAAAUGCGCGGAGAAUAUAAUCCAGCUUUAAAACCGAAAAAAAAGAAGAAAGAUAAAGAAAAGCUAUUAAAAAUGAAGGAAAAACUUUUUGACUGGAGACCAGAGAAGUUACGAGGGGAGCGUACAAAGAAUGAAAAAGUGGUUAUUAUUAAAAAUCUUUUCGCGCCAAAAAUUUUCGAAGAAGAAGUUCAACUAAUUCUGGAGUACACAAAUGAUUUACGCGAAGAAUGCAAUAAAUGUGGUACCGUGCGGAAAGUUAUUAUUUACGAUCGUCAUUCUGAGGGUGUAGCUCAGGUAAAUAUGUCCACACCGGAAGAAGCUGAUUUGGUUAUACAAAUGAUGAAUGGACGAUUUUUUGGAAAAAGGCAAUUAAGUGCAGAUUACUGGGAUGGAAAAACUAAAUACAAAAUUAAUGAAUCGGAGACAGAAGUUCAACAACGCCUCUCGAACUGGGAUGAGUUUUUGGAAACGGAUGAAGAAAAAAAAUUAUCUACAUAAUUUAUUUUUAAAAUAUUUUUUGCUUUU